AUGCUUCGAUGCAACUUGACAAAAUCAGUUGAGUUGGAGUUGAUCAUUUUAAUGUCCUUAAUGACUCUUUUGGAUAAAUCUAAUGAUACAAGUUGGAAAAGAGAUCUUAUCAGCAAAGGAUUUCUUCAAGAAGACGCAGUAUCCGCUUUAGCACAACAAAAAAAGAAUAAAAGCGUGUUAUUAAAUGAACAAAAGCUGCAAUUCAGGCUGGAAAAAGAAGCACGGCGGUCACAAAAGCAGAUUCAAACAGACAUACUCCAAAAACACAAUUACAACAAAAUAUCUUUGAGUGCUGAUAAUAGUCCAACUCAAACGCCGAAAUGCUCACCCUUACCAACACCAUCAACUUCUAGUAACCGAUCUUCUUUACGAUUGAAGCACCGAAAGUCUGUGUCCGCAAUGAAU